UUCGGGAAUGCACUUAUAUAGAAAUAUUAAUCUAUUCAAUAUUAUUAGAACUAUAACAAUUAUUUUAUCUCAAUGCUGUGUUGAUAUUGCUUAUGCGAAGCAUGAAAUCAAAAACCAUUUUAUUAAAAGCUCAAACUUACAUUAUUAUAACCGAAUAGAUGAAGAUAUUAAUUUCAAUGAAAAACACUUAUCUCGACAAGUUUUCAAAAGAAGAUCAAGAGAUGCUGUACCGAUCAUGUUUCCGAUUAAUUCAAAAGAAAGUGAAGUGUCCGAUCAUUUUAAAAGUCUUAUUGAAUCUAAUCAAAAUGGAAAUAUACCAAGUGAGGUUUAUUCAAACGAGAGGGUAGGUGAACAACAAGGCGAAGCUGAAGAAGGUGUAGAUGAUUUAAAUCACUGUGUUCCAAUUCAUGAACCUAUUUGUCAUGGUCUUCAAUACACACACACUUGGUUGCCUAAUUCAGUCGGUUUAACGACACAAGAAGAGGCUGCUAAACGCAUGAACGACUAUCGUUCCCUGAUCAAUGUUGGAUGUUCACAAUAUCUGAAAUUUUUUCUGUGUACAAUUUAUUUCCCAAUGUGUACUCCAGCUCUGAAUCCACCCGCUGCCUUACAGCCAUGUCAAAAUCUAUGUCGUUAUGUCCAGUCGAAAUGUGAACCGAUUAUGAAAAGUUUUAGCUUUCCUUGGCCAAUUGAACUGAACUGUAAAUCAUUACCCUCAGAUUCUGGAAUGUGUAUACAACCACAAAAUUAUGAUUUAGAUAAUAAACAAGGGGAAAUUUUAAGUCAAGGAAUUCCAUCUGAGGCCCAUGGAGCCAUUGCUAACUUGCUGCCAGAUUUUGGUGAAUUUCUAGCACAUCAAAGUGCACAAAACCAACAACUUACUGGUAUCCAAACUAACCAGUCAGACAACAAUCAUGGGAAACUAUAUCUAGUGGACAGUAACCAGUCUGCAUUAACAAAACAUCAUAUGCUUCACAGGACUAAACUACAAGAUUCGAAGUGUUAUGUUGUUGAAGUACUUUUAUAUUCUGAACAAGCUCAUAAUAAUAUUACAUGCGCCCGUCGGUGUAGCGCUCAUUUAUUUUACAAACCAACUGAAAAACAUUUUGCCAAUAUUUGGAUGUUAGUUUGGGCUGUACUAUGUUUAGCAUCAUGUGCAAUGACAAUUGUCACAUUUGCUUUAAACCGUGCACGUUUCGCUUAUCCAGAGAGACCGAUUAUUUAUAUAUCAGUUUGUUACUUUUUCUACUCUACUGGAUUUAUUUUACACGCUCUAAUUGGACGUGAUUCAGUGGCUUGUAGAAACAAAAUUGAAACUAUUUCGUCAUCACUAUUGCCUAGUGGAGUAUCACAAGAAGGAACGAAGAAACUUCUUACAAGUGUAGUUCAGUCGAAGGCUAAUGUUACUUUCUUGAUAACUGCUGGACAUGAAGGUACAUGGUGCACUAUCGUAUUUCUUAUCCUGUUUUAUUUUAGUCAAGCUAGUUAUUUAUGGUGGGUUAUGUUAGCCAUCUCAUGGUUCUUAUCAGCUUCAUGUAAGUGGGGAUGUGAAGGCAUAGAGGCUAUUAGUAGUAUCUUACAUAUGCUCUCCUGGGCGAUCCCUGCGUUGAAGACUAUUAUCAUAUUAAUUAUGCACCGCAUUGAUGCAGAUGAGUUAACUGGAUUAUGCAAUGUUGGUUAUCAAAAUUCAACGAGUUUACUUGCAUUUAUAUUGUUACCACAGGUGAUCUACUUGCUAUUGGGGAUUUUGUUUUUGUUGGUAGGUUUUCAUUCUUUGGUUUCUCUGCGAUCAAACUUAAAACAACAUGCCAAAAGUCUCAUGCCCACUGCGAACACGACAACAGGAUUAGCAAACUGUUAUAACACACAGUUUAAACGAAAUGUUUCAGCCACAUCGGCAACACCACAACAAGCAGUGAUGACAAGUAGUCCAGUCAUUGCUCUCAAUAAUGGGAAUACACGACGUCUAGAUAAACUGAUGAUAAAAAUGGGAAUUUUCUCUAUGUUGUAUAUUAUACCAAAAGGCUGUGUCAUUAGUGUUAAUAUUUAUAAUUAUAUUAGUUACCCCAAAUGGAUGAAAACACUGGAUAAACUGGCGAAACAAACAAAUUGUUUGACGGAAUACGGUACAAAUUGGUCAUCGGUUAAUCAAUGUCUUAGUGAUAAUCUCUUCCCAUCAGUUGAAGCUAAUAUGCUACAAAUAUUCAUGUCCUUAGUUGUCGGUAUCACUUCAGGUAUGUGGGUAUGGUGUAACAGAAAAUCAUCAGAAGCGUGGAUUAAGUGUAUGAAAGGCAAAAGGAAAGACUUCUCUCAAAACAAUUUGAAUUAUCAUCAUCGUACUUGUGGGGACGUUGUUGCCACCGGUGCUGUUGGGGAUAAUAAUAAUAAUUUGUCUCAAGUUGACCAGAAAGCACAAUUUAUGAAUUCGACUUGUUGUAAUUCAAGAGGGGGGUGUGGAAUAAACAGUCAAUAUCCAGGAAAUACCAACAAUUUCGAUAGUUUAAUGAACAAUGCAAGUCAGUUGGUAGUUGAUUCGUCUCAGUGUUAUCAACAACAGCAACAACAACAGCAACAUCAGCAUGCAAUGACACGAAACAACGCGAGAAAUUUAAUGACUUCUGGAUCAUUUAAUCUAUCAUCCGGAACAGCUUCAUGUACAAGUGCAGUGCCGUUGUCUUAUGGUUUAGGAACAAUGGAUAUGGCCUUAUUAAAUUCAAACGAAUCCAAUUAUUGUAUCCGUUCGUCACAAAGACAAACCGUGAAAAUAAGGCCGACUAAUAUUGGACGACCUGACUUUUGAUUUAUCUGUGCAUUAUGGUUGAAUAAAGUUCAACCAUGGUUAUAUUUAUCCAAAACAGUUGAUAUUCACGCACUUGUAAACAAGAUGUUAUAUCAUAUAAAACUUGAAACAUUGAACGAAGGUCAAAUAUUAAAAGAAUUACUUUCUUUGAGUCUCAUUCAAUUUAUUUUGACGAAUAAUGACAUGAUUUCCAUUAUAUUAUUGCAUUAUUCAUAAAUGAUGAUUCCUUCAUUUGUUUCCCUUUAAUUAAUUAUUUUUCAGUUUAAACACACUGUUCUCAUCUUUGUAAAUAAGUUAAUUUGUUACUGGUGUUCCAGUUAGUUUUCUUCUAUUCUUUACAUUUUCUGAUGAAAAUCUGGAACCUGAAACUAAUCAGUCUACAUAUUCUAACAUUCAUUUACAUUACCAUACAUUAAUCUAUCUAGAAUUUACUUUCAGUUCACUUAUUGAUUGGAGACAAAACAAAAUAAAUCAAAUUAUAUUUGAAAGAGAAAUGAUUCGGUGAUAUUUUAGGUUGAUGUUGGCUAGCACAGUAAAACAAAUCAACAAUUAUUAAUUAUAACUUUUAUCAAAGUAGCUUAUAAAUUCCUUUUCAAUUGAAUAGUACUGUAUAUGCGUAACUUUAGACUUGUAUUCUGUAUAAUUUAUUAUUUUAAUUCCGUUUUAUUCGUAAUUUAUAUGCUAUUUUAAAAAAUUUUAAAAUUUCCAUUUUGAAAAUGUAAACGUAUUCAGCUUUCACAAACAAAUAUAUAUAAGUACUCAGCUUAAA